GUUUUCGACGACACAUCUCACAACAUUAGAGGAUCACUCCACUGCAACUGCAGGUAACCUUUCUGCUUGGUUACUUUAGUGUUGACGUUGACAGGCGAUAUUAGUUAAAUACGAUUCUUAGAUUAAGAUCUAAAUAUUUGAUGAAUACUGUAAAACAUGUUAGAGUUCAAUAUUUUUUGAGAUUGGGAAUAUAACCUUUGGAAUAUAUAUUUUGAACAUAAACAUGAUUUUUUAUGAUGAUGAUGAUGAUGAGUAUUAUUAUUUAUCUAGUAAAUUUCAACAUGUUUCUAUUGACGGAAAUCCUAAAAAUACAUUGAUUGAUUCUAAGACUCGUUAUCCUGAGUAUUUAAGAAAUCAAAAUGUUACAUCAGCCCGUAAAAGAAAAUCAAAGAAAACUUGUAAAACGCAGGAAGUAAUCACUAGCUCAGGUAGCACCAGUGAAAGCAGGAGGAGGAGUAAUAAAAAACCUCUAAAGGAACGUUCAAGGAAUGUCGGUUAUGUUCAGGAAAGUUGUGAAACGACUGAUGAACACAUUCAUGAAAUGAAAACUGUGAGUAUUUUUCCAACAGAAAAAGAUUUGUUCGGUACUCCUGAAUUGGAAAAAAAUAUUGUGGAAGGUGCAUAUAGAAAUGUGGACCAUUACUUAGCAGUACAAUUUAGACUUCUUCGAGAGGAUUUUAUGGGUUCACUUCGAAAAGGAAUUAUAGACUAUCGAAGAAAUAAUUCUUCCAAUGACGAUACAGAAGUUUCCUUCUAUACUCAAGUACAAGUAACAGGAUCUUCUUUUAUUGGUGGUGGGAAAUUUGGCCACAAGAUAAAAUUUAAUAACAAUGUCAAUUGGGCUGAUUUGUCAAAGGACUGCAAAUUUGGCUCCCUCCUUCUGUUUACAACAAAUAGAUUUGAAACCUUUUUCUCAGGAACAGUGAUUGACAUGGACAGUGUCAACAGCACAAUAAUGGUAAAAUUCAAUAGCAAGUCUGAGACAGCCAAUGUCUGUGCUUGGCAGUUCACUGUAGCAUUCCCAAAAGUGUAUUUUGAACCUUAUUUCCAUGUAUUGAAUGGACUUCAAAAAAUGGCACAUGAAAGAUUUCCCAUGGAAAAAUACAUUAUAAAAGUCAAUUCCAGACCAAAUCCACCAGCUUAUAUCAGGGGAUUUGGUCCUAGAACCUACAAAAUAAAUGGAAAUCAUUAUGUCAAUGUCUUAAGUACUACUUCGUGGCCACAUCUUGAAUCAAUGAAAUUAAAUCCUUCUCAGCAUCGUGCAUUCCAAGCGGCCCUGACCAACGAGUUUGUAGCAAUACAAGGACCCCCCGGGACAGGGAAGACUUUUCUUGCCAAACAAAUAGUUGCCACACUUCUGGAUAAUGUGGAAAUGGAUACACCUAUUCUAGUCGUUUGUUACAAGAACCAGGCCUUGGACCAAUUUCUGGAGGGAAUUCUAGAGAAGACCAAGAAUAUCAUCAGAAUUGGCAGCAAAAGCCAGAGUGAGGUAUUGGAAAAUUUUAAUAUAAAGAAUCACCGUCCAAAGAACUAUGGUUAUAAUACAUAUGCAAAACCUAUGGAGAGAUUAGCUGCUGAGUACUCAGCCAAACAGAAACUAUUAAAUGAAACCAUCUCUCAAGGCGUUAGAGAAGAGAUGAGGAAAAUUGAAAGGGAUAUUCAAGUUCUAGAACAGGAAUUGGAUGAUGCCAGAAACUCAGCUGAUAUAAGUGUUAUGAAAAAAGCCAAGGUUGUAGGAAUGACUACUUCAGGAGCGGCCAGACUUAGGCCUUGGUUGAACCAGCUUGGAGCAAAGAUCGUGGUGAUUGAAGAAGCAGCGGAAGUGUUAGAGUCACACGUCGUAACCGCACUCAGCAGCCAGUGUCAGCAUGUCAUACUCUUGGGUGACCACAAACAGCUGAGGCCUAGCACUGAAGUAUAUGAACUAUGUCAAAAAUACAACUUAAACAUCUCGUUAUUUGAGCGGAUGGUUGAGAAUGGAUUGAACUGCUACCGGUUGAAUGUCCAACAUCGCAUGCGACCGGAGUUCUGUUCUCUAAUAUCUCCAACCAUAUACGAUGACCUCACCAGUCACAAGUCCACCGAGAACCGACAGAAUAUUCCAGGAGUCAGCAAAAAUCUUUUCUUUAUCACACACAACUUCAAUGAGCGUAAGCUGCCGAAUUCAGUAAGCUUCAGGAAUGAGCAUGAGUCAAGUUUUGUGGUUCAGCUUGCGAGGUACUUAAUAAUGCAGGGAACCCACCCAGAAGACAUAACAGUUUUGGCCACGUACUCGGACCAAGUCAGAAAUAUUUCUAAGAUGAUGAAACAAUAUUCAGAAACCAUGUCAAUGAAUGCUUCAACAGUCGAUGAUUUCCAAGGCCAAGAAAAUAAAAUCAUCAUACUUUCAUUGGUUCGUAGCAACAAUAAAAGGAAUGUUGGGUUUCUGAAGAUGGAAAACCGUGUAUGCGUUGCCUUGUCUCGUGCCAGAGAUGGGUUUUAUAUUAUUGGCAACAUGAAACUUCUUGCUUCUAACACUGACAUAUGGUGGGAAGUAGAGCGAUCCCUACUUAAACACAAUGCAAUAGGAAACUCCCUGAGUCUUCAUUGCCAGUACCAUCCAGAAAUAAUCACCUCGGUAUCAACAGGGGAAGAGAUCGCAGAGAUCAUAAAGAAAGGUUGCAAUAAGGUAUGUGGGUCACACAUAUUCCGUUGUGGCCACACCUGCAAGUAUGGGUGUCAUACUGCUGACAGAGAACAUAUAGGAGUGUACAAAUGUCCUUCACAUCCUGAAAGAACCGGAGACUUCAGCAUUGUGAUCAGAGCAGUUGGGUCUGUGGCAUCAGCAGUUGUGUCUGUGGCAUCAGGAGUUGUGUCUGGGAUAUCGUGGGUUGUGAAUAUAUUUUGGCGUGAUUGAUGACUUUGUUGGUUUGGAAAAGCUGAUAUCGAUUGUUACUGCAUAAUUUAAAUGGUAAUCAUGUAAUAUUUUCUUUAAAUGAAAGGAAUUCAUACCAAUAAAAUUAUUUUAAUCAUGAUAAAA